AGAAGCAUAAAUGGAUCUGCGGUUCUGCUGCCUUCUCACUGCAGGAGUCCAUCGGUCAUGGGGAUCCUGGUGGCCGACAGGAAGUUUCUGGGAGAAAUCGGAGUCCUCGAUGAAGGAAUGAAAGUUUAUGGUGGUGAAAACGUCGAGCUUGGAAUUCGUGUUUGGACAUGUGGCGGCAGCAUCGAGGUCGUUCCCUGCUCAAAGAUCGCUCACAUCGAGCGUUUCCACAAGCCCUACAUGCCGGACCUGACGCCCGCCAUGAAGAGGAACGCCCUGCGGGUCGCCGAGAUCUGGAUGGAUGAAUACAAACACAACAUCAACCUGGCCUGGAAUAUUCCCUUCGAGAAUCACGGUAUCGACAUCGGAGACAUUUCUGAGAGGAAGAAACUGAGAGAACGACUGAACUGCAAACCGUUCAAGUGGUACCUGGACAACAUUUACCCCAAGCUGGACCCCUGGGACAACCUGCUGGCUUACGGCGCGCUGAAGAACCUGGACUCUGAGUUGUGCAUCGACCAAGGUCCGGUCCCCGGCGACACGCCCAUUUCCUACGACUGCCAUUACUACGGACCGCAGAUGGCCUAUUACCGGGGAACUGGUGAGAUGUACAUCGGCGGCAUCAAGUCCCACAAGUACAACGACAACCGCUGUCUGACUGACAGGGGGGAGAAGAAAACCAAGCCGGGUCUGUUCAACUGCAAAGAGGCCAUGCAGAAAGGAAUGGGGUUAUACUGGGACUUCACCCAGGGAAAAGAGCUGAAGAACCGUCAGACGAAGCGAUGCCUGGAAAUGGUGAACAGGGUUCUGGUGAUCCAGGAAUGCACCGGCCAGCGGUGGAAGAUCCAAAACGUCAUUAAAGACUUUUAAACCAACCUGAGGUGCAGCCCAACGGGUCGUUAAAGCUCUAUGCAUAAAAUGUUAAAGAAAAUAAUAUAAGUUUUAUGGAUUUAUUUUACUGUAUAUGAAAUGGAAUCAUUUUGUAAAUUAGAUGAAGGGGAGAUUAAAUAUUUAUUUUGUUUUCAUAUCAAUAAUGUGAGUGUUGGUGCAUAUAAAAACCAACAAUUGUCCAUUUGCAGCCUCUGAAGCUUUUCUUCCUCGAACAGCUGGUUUUUAAAGCUGCUGUGUCCAACAGGCUGACGGUUUCAGCAGGUUUCACCUUUUAAAGGGACAAACCGUCAUUUUCAGCUCUGCGAGGAUCUGAGCGACGAAUGAAAGACUUCUGUUACAAAAUGCUGUUAAAAA